UUCUCUAUAUAUAAUAUAUAGAGAAGAUCGGAACUUGUGACUCUUCAAACUUGAAAGACACAGUAAAAUGAAAAUGAACAUCAUUUGGAACAUUUCGAUAUGUGUAACAGCUUUAGUUGUUGUAGUGAUCAGCAGAUGGUGGUACCGAUGGUCAAACCCCAAGUGCAAUGGCAAGUUACCUCCGGGAUCAAUGGGUUUUCCAAUCAUCGGAGAGACAAUAGCCUUCUUUAAAUCUCAUGGAUUCUACGAGACCUCACCAUUUCUCAAAAAGAGGAUGUCCAGGUACGGGACACUAUUUCGGACCAACAUUUUUGGAUCCAACACCGUGGUAGUGACAGACCAUGAUGUGAUGUACGAGAUUUUACGGCAAGAAAACAAGUCUUUCAUGUUUAGCCUUCCGGAUGGGUUUUUCAAAGUCUUUGGAAAAGACAAGUCAUUAGUCGAUCAUGGGAAGACCCACAAGCAUGUCAAACAAAUCACUCUGAACUUUCUUGGCACCGAGGGUUUGAAGUGGAAGUUGAUUGGAGACAUGGACCGAGCGACCUGCGAAGAUCUUAAAUCAAAGGCUAGCUUGGGGAGCUUCGAUAUUAAGGAGACAGUUGCAAACUUGAUAAUAAAGCACUUGACCCCCAAGUUGAUAAGUGACCUCAAAUCAGAGGCUGAAGAUAAUCUGAUGGACAUCUUCAUGGCCUUCAAUCUUGAUUGGUAUAAGUCAUCUUUUAGUCUUUCUACCUGGAAGUCGUUUUACAAAGCUAUUGUGGCACGCAAAUCUGCGAUGAAGGUAAUAGCGAAUGUUCUCUUAUCAAGGAAAGAAUCGGAAGAGAAGCAGGAAGACAUCCUCAACACGAUGCGAAAAGAUGUCAUCUUUGAUGACCAAGCCGUCGUGGACAACAUCUUUGCUAUUCCUGUCGCCGCUAAAGAUACUACAUCUACAGUUGGUUCCAUGGCAGUAAACUAUGUUACCAAUAACCAUAAAGUUUUCUUAGAGUUAAAGAGAGAGCAUGAUGCUAUCCUUCAAAACAGAGUUGAUAAGAAAUCUGGAGUAAGCUGGGAAGAGUACAAAAACAACAUGACUUUCACCAACAUGGUGAUUAAUGAGACUCUUAGACUGGCAAAUGUGACUCCAGUAUUGUUUAGAAAAGCUUUAAGAGAUGUUGAAAUUAAAGGAUAUACGAUUCCAAAGGGUUGGAUGGUGGUAGUUGCAAGUUCACUGAUUCAUUAUGAUCCUGCGAUAUAUGAGAACCCUUACGAGUUUAAUCCAUGGAGAUGGGAGGGCAAAGAACUGGUUCAUGGUUCUAGGACGUUCAUGGUAUUUGGAGGUGGAUUGAGAUUGUGUCCUGGUGCUGAAUUUGCAAGACUUCAGAUUGCAAUCCUCCUUCACUAUCUUGUCACCAACUACGAUUUCUCGAUGGCACAAGACACCGAGGUCACUCGUACACCACUAGUUUCUUUCCCCAAUGGCAUCAAUUUGACCAUCUCUCAUUCUCCCAUCGAUUGAUUUGGAGAUCUUAAGUCUAUCUAAAUGAACUAAGCUUAAAUCUACGUACACAUGUCACAUAAUAUUGUAAGCUUCGUAUUCACAUGGAGGAUAAUUUAAUCUCUAUCCAAAUAUUUUCAAACUUUGUUUAAAGUUAAAUAAAUUUGAACACUUGGAAUAAGAAGAUAUUUUUAUUUUCUUA